GUACGUCUAAGUGGUGAGGAGUGGGACAGUUUUGUCGUGCUCCUGGACACCAUGGACGACUACCUGAUGUACGGCUUGCUCAUGGGGUUCUCCGUCUGGGGGACCCUCUGGCAUCUUCUCUUUCCACUGGGAUUCUGGCACACGAUUGCGUGUAGAGUAGAGACGAGGAGUGGUGCGGGGACCACUCCUUACACCCAGGUGCAGGAGGAGGAGGCAGCGAAAAUUCUGGCUGAGCAGAAGGCCAGGAAGGAGAAGGAGGAGUUGGUCAAGCAGGCUAAGAAGAUUGCCCUGCAGCAAGAGCAAGCCGCCAAAAUGAAAAAGUUACAGGAAGAGAUGGAUAGAGUGAAGAAGGAGGAGGAAGAAAAGAUGAAGGUUGUGGACACAGAAGAGGUGGAGGAAGAGAAGGAGAAGCAGGCAGAAGCAGAAGAGAUUCCCCUGAUAAGAAGGUCGGUGAGAGAAAGGGGGGAAUCUAGUGGCACGAAGGGGGACCCAUGGAUAGAGAAGAAGGUGACUGAGUGGGUUGCCAACUUGUCACUGGGGGAAACUGAGGAGGCGAUGCUAUACGUUCCCCUAGACGAACAAGAGGCGGUGAUAAAGGAGAUAGAGGCCGAAGCAGAUCCUCUUAAACGUCAGACGAUAGAGGAGGAGAAGAAGUUGGAAUGGAGAUUGCGUCUGACUAGGGAGAAGAAGAGGAGGAUGGAGGAAGCUGAGAAGGUGGCGAGAGAAUUAGAAGAAGCCGUUGACGAGCAACAGUUCUUUGCCAGAAGUCAGGACGUCACGUUGCGAUCGAUCCGUCUAGGCUUUCGAGAGUUCGCAAGGGACAUGAUGGUCCAUGUAGGCACGGAGAUGAAAGCUAGACUAGAAAACACAGAGCGAUUCUGCACAGGCGCCAUUGAAGGUGCCAAGUUAGUUGCGCCUAAGGAGGAAGAACGGCGUCCCCGUAGAGAGCCAGUAAAGGUGAAGUUCCCUGAUCCAUAUAGUGGGAAGAGGGAGGAGAACUUCGAUAACUGGGAGGCGAAUGUGAACUCAUAUGUUCACUUACAGAUGAUUUCCCCUGAGGAACAGGUCCUCAUCGCCUUCCACGCUCUUAGGGAUGAAGCCGCCAGUUUUGCGAGAUCGCUCUGUCGUGCAGCCAACUGCAAUAACGACAUGGUCGCAUACUCUCAGUUUACACCCCUGAACGACUUCUUCAAGUUACUGCGCGAAAGGUUUGCAGAUGUCACACGAAGCGUUAGAGCUUCUGACAAGCUGCAGACCAUCCACACUCGCCACUGGAAGAGUGCAAGGGCACUCAAAGGUGUGAUGGAUGAGCUGGUCGUCGUCCCAGACCAUGGGGUCACAGAGACCCAGUUGGUCAAUCUGUUCUAUCGUGCCAUGCCCGAGUCUUUACGCGGGCACUUCUUUGAGAAGAGUCGGGAUCUUGCCAUGACCUAUGAUACGUUAAGUAGGGAAGUCGUGGCAUUCGAAGCGCAAUCCAUGCCAGUUACCACUUUCUGGCAUAAGGACUUAGAUAAGGGGAAGAAAUGAAAGGAGCAGUUAGAGGAUCAGGUCUUCGUAGCUUAUAUCAGACCUGUCACUGAGCCUAAGGAGGACAGCCCCAUGGAUCCAACCAUCGCCAAGCUGCUGGAAGAGUUCGAGGAUUUAACCGAGCCGCCAACAGGAGUAGUGUCGCGACCGAUCCAACAUCGGAUAGAGAUAGAGCUAGGCAGUAGGACUCCUAAGGGAGCAAUUUACAGAAUGUCCCCAAGGGAGUUAGAGGAGCUGCGCAAGCAGUUAGACGAGCUUCUCGAGAAGGGUUGGAUUAGGCCCAGUUCGUCUCCUUUCGGAGCACUGGUUCUUUUUGUCCCCAAGAAAGAGGAAGAGUUGCGGAUGUGUAUAGACUAUAGGGGUCUUAAUGCUAUUACAAUGAAGAAUGCAGAACCACUGCCCCGUAUAGAUGAUCUAUUAGAUCGGGUGCAGGGCUGCAAGUACUUUUCAAAGAUAGAUUUGAAGUCUGGAUAUCAUCAGAUAGAGGUCCAUCCUGAUGAUCAGUACAAGACCGCAUUCCGGACUAGAUACGGGCACUAUGAGUUUAUAGUGAUGCCCUUUGGACUAACCAACGCGCCAGCUACCUUCCAACGUUGUAUGAACGACUUGUUUAGACCAUGGUUAGAUAGAUUCGUAGUCGUAUAUUUGGAUAAUAUCUUAGUGUUUAGUAAGACCCUCCAGGAGCAUGAGGGCCAUCUGAGGCAGGUCUUGGAGAAGCUGAGAGAAGCUAACUUCAAGAUCAACACGAAGAAGUGCGAAUGGGUCAAGACGCAAGUUCUAUACUUGGGCCAUGUGUUAGAUGGAGAUGGCAUAAAGCCUGAGGAUAGCAAAAUAGCAGCGAUCAGAGACUGACCGACGCCCCGCACACUAACAGAAUU